AUGCCAAAUGACUGUGAAUUAACAACAGACAGGGCCUUGCAGCAAACUGGACAAGGAAGCCAUGUGCAAAUGGUACGAGAGGAUGGUCAAGUAGCAAUAGUGAAGUGGCUGGACAGCAGACUUGUGGUCAUUGCUUCCAAUUCACAUGGGGGGCAACCUAAAGAAGAUGUAAAAAGAUGGUGUAAAGUCACAGAACGAUUUAUCAAUCCUCCAAGACCCAGAGUAAUCACAGAAUAUAACAAAAAAAUGAGAGGUGUUGAUUUCUUGGACCGUGUGAUUGCAUUCUACAGAAUAUCUGCCAGAACAAAAAAGUGGACAGUUAGAACACUUUUCCACAUCAUUGACUUUGCUCUGGCUGCUGCCUGGAUUGAGAGGCGCAAAGCAGAUAGUUUAGAUAAGACACCAGGAGAAGAUCGAUUGGAUUUCAAAGUGCAGGUGGGGGACUCACUUGUUCACUGUGGACAACAAAUCAAAGAGACAGAGGAUGAAAGAUUUAUUGAUGAUGAUUUGGACUCACAGCAUCAGCCAAAGAGAAGACGAACGAUUCCACUUCCCACUACAAGCUUGAGGACAAGUGGUGCCCUCCAUCUACCUGAGAUUCCACCUGGUGCGAAGCCAUCAAGAUGCCGGUUUCCAGGCUGUGACAGUCCAAGAUGCUGA